UGAAGGAGCAGGUGGCGGCCAUGGAGGAGGAAAUGGUAGUGGGGGUGGACAUUAUGGUGGAGGAGGUGGAGGAGGAGGAUCGGGCGGAGGUGGCGGUGGUGGUUGGGCACAUGAUGGAAGUUCACGAAGAGGAGGUGGGUAUGGUGGAGGAAGUGGUAGUGGCGGUGGGCGCAACGGCGGCGGCGGUGAAGGAUCAGGUGGAGGUGGUGGGUACGGUGGAGGAGGUAAGCAACACGGAGGUGGAUAUGGUGGAUACCAUUCACCUUGAAAGGGUAGAAGAAAACCGUUGGCGACCGCGUACAAGUUAUAUAUAUACAUAUAUAUCUUCCUACUUAGACCUACACAUACCCAUAGUAGAAUGUUAAUGAAUAAAUCUCUGUACUAGGUAUAGUACGAACUCCUUGAGAAGGAAAAGAGAAAGGUAAGAAGCUAAGCUAAGAAUGAAUUGAAGGUAGUGUUGCAUAAAUGUAACAUCAUUGCUUUCAAUAGUCAUAUAUGAUCGAUAUGAUGAAGUAGGUGUGUUAUUGAUGCAUGCUACUUAUCAUUCGUGUAUUAAAAUACUAAGUACAUAUUUGAACCUUGUUGUGAAUCUGUGACCAUAAUACUCAAUAUAUGCAUGUCCAAUGGGACAAUAAUUAAUAUAAAUACAUGAAAAAAUGGUUUGUAUGCAUUAA